UGGAUCCGGAGCAAUGACAAAUCGCCUCGCCGCUGAGUAUAUGAGGCCAACCCAGCCGCUUCACACUCGCACCCCCGGGACCGCUCUCCUCGUCGCUGCCAAUCCCAUCCCCUCCCACCGAUUCUCGAGGAGCCGCAUCCAGCCAGCAUGUUUGUCUACAAGAGAGACGGCCGCACCGAAAAGGUUGCCUUCGACAAGAUCACCUCCCGCAUCACCAAGCUCUGCUAUGGCCUGGACAUGAACUUUGUCGAUCCUGUCCAGAUCUCCAUCAAGGUGGUCAGCGGAGUCUACCAGGGAGUCACCACCGUCGAGCUCGACAAUCUUGCCGCCGAGACCGCUGCCUAUUUGACCACCAAGCAUCCCGACUAUGCCAUCCUGGCCGCGCGUAUCGCCGUUUCCAACCUCCACAAGGAGACCAAGAAGCAGUUCAGCGCUGUUGUUGAGGAUCUCUACACUUACGUCAACCCUGCCACCGGCAAGCCAGCCCCGAUGAUCUCGCAAGAGACCUACGAGUGCAUCGUGAAGCAUGCCGACCGCUUGAACUCGGCCAUCAUUUACGAUCGCGACUUUAACUACAACUACUUUGGCUUCAAGACCCUGGAGCGUUCCUAUCUUCUCCGCAUCAAGGGCCGUGUUGCCGAGAGACCCCAGCACAUGCUCAUGAGAGUCGCUGUCGGCAUCCAUGGCGAGGAUAUCGAUGGCGCCAUCGAGACCUACAACCUGCUCUCCGAAAAGUACUUCACCCAUGCCUCUCCUACCCUGUUCUACGCCGGCACGCCUCGCCCCCAACUGUCGAGUUGCUUCCUUGUCGCCAUGCAGGAGGAUUCGAUCGAGGGUAUCUACGACACCCUCAAGACCUGCGCCCAGAUCUCCAAGAAUGCCGGCGGCAUCGGUCUGCACAUCCACAACAUCCGCGCCACAGGCUCCUACAUUGCUGGCACCAACGGCCAGUCCAACGGUAUCGUUCCGAUGCUCCGCGUCUUCAACAACACCGCGCGCUAUGUCGACCAGGGCGGCAACAAGCGUCCGGGCGCCUUUGCCAUCUACCUCGAGCCCUGGCACGCCGAUGUUUUUGAGUUCCUCGAUCUCAAGAAGAACACCGGCAAGGAGGAGACCCGUGCCCGCGAUCUCUUCUACGCGAUGUGGAUCUGCGAUCUGUUCAUGAAGCGCUGCGAGAAGAACGAAGACUGGUCUCUGUUCUGCCCGGCCGAGGCUCCCGGUCUUGCCGAUUGCUGGGGCGAGGAGUUUGAGGCCCUCUACACCAAGUACGAGAAGGAGGGCCGCGCUCGCAAGGUCGUCAAGGCCCAGAAGCUCUGGUAUGCCAUCCUUGAGUCUCAGACAGAGACCGGAACGCCCUACAUUCUGUACAAGGACUCGUGCAACCGCAAGUCCAACCAGCAGAACCUCGGCACCAUCAAGUGCAGCAACCUCUGCACCGAGAUUGUUGAGUACUCGGCCCCCGACGAAGUCGCCGUCUGCAAUCUGGCCUCGAUCGCGCUGCCUUCGUUCGUCGCGAACAAGGACACCUUUGACUUUGCCAAGCUGAGGGAGGUCACCCACGUUGUCGUCCGCAACCUCAACAAGAUCAUCGACAUCAACUUUUAUCCCGUCGAGCCGGCCAGAAGAUCCAACUUCCGCCACCGCCCUGUCGGCGUCGGUGUUCAGGGCCUCGCCGACACCUUCAUCAAGAUGCGCAUGCCGUUCGAGUCGCCCGAGGCCUCGACCCUGAACCAGCACAUCUUUGAGACCAUCUACUUUGCCGCCCUGGAGGCUUCUUGCGAGCUCGCCGAGAAGUACGGCCCCUACGAGACCUACCCCGGCUCGCCUGUGAGCAAGGGUAUCCUGCAGCACGACAUGUGGGGCGUCGAGCCCAGCUCUGGUCUCUGGGACUGGGACGCCCUCCGGGCCAAGAUUGCCACCUAUGGCGUUCGCAACAGCUUGCUGGUUGCCCCCAUGCCCACCGCCUCCACCUCGCAGAUCCUCGGCAACAACGAGUGCUUCGAGCCCUACACCAGCAACAUCUACCAGCGCCGUGUCUUGGCUGGCGAGUUCCAGGUCGUUAACCCGCAUCUGCUCAAGGAUCUUACUGAGCUGAACCUCUGGAACGACGGCAUGAAGAACCGCAUCAUCUCCGAGGGUGGAUCCAUCCAGAAGAUCGCCUCGAUCCCGGACGACAUCAAGGCCCUCUACAAGACCGUCUGGGAGAUCUCCCAGAAAAAAAUCAUCGACAUGGCCGCAGAUCGCGCUGCCUACAUCGACCAGUCCCAGUCGCUCAACAUUCACAUUGCCGAGCCCAACUACGGCAAGCUGACGUCGAUGCACUUCUACGGCUGGAAGAAGGGUCUCAAGACCGGUAUGUACUACCUGAGAACCCGCCCCGCCGCCGAUGCCAUCAAGUUCACUGUCGACCAGCAAGCCCUGAAGAAGGAUCUCGACACCGAGGCCGCCUCCCGCAAGACCAACGAGGACGCCGUCGCCUGCUCGAUCGACAACAAGGAUGCCUGUGUGAUGUGCUCUGGUUAGAUUAAUCGUGCGUAUGUUGUUCUGGCCAAAGCAAAGCCAAGCCAAGCUGGACGGAUGGGAUGGCCGAUCGAGCUUGUCCUCCCGCCCCGUCACUCUACCGCAAAGCCCAGUCUUGCUUCAGCGGACGCACUCCGCCCCAUUUAUGUCCCUGCUGUGCUCUUUCUUUCAUGCUCCUGCAUUCUUCUCGUGCCGGUCGUCCCUGCCGCAGCACACCUGGCUGCUCGGCGAUCGACCUGGCUUUUGUCGUUGCACUUUCUGUUUGCUCUGUAUGUGUCUUUUUGCGUUGCUCCAAUAAUAAACUGCUGUAAAAUACC